GCACAGCGGGCGGCACAGCCCGGGCAUCCAUCGCUCGGCCCGGCACAGCCCGGGCGCCCAUGGCUCGGCCCGGCACAGCCCGGGCACUCUCCCUCAGCCCGGCACAGAGGGAUGGAUGCACGGGGCGCUGGCCGCUCCUCCCGCCAGCACCCACCUCCGCCGGCAGCAGCGAGGGCAGCGCUCUCGGGAGAGAAGCGGCAGCACGGCGGGGCAGCGCCCCGGCUCACCGGGAACCGCCGCCCUGCCGGGCUCAGGGGCCGGAAGGCUGUCCCGGGGAGCCUCGCCCGCCGCAGCCGCCAGCACCGCAGGGAAACGCUGAAACGCUUCGGAAGGGCUGGGGGAUAAAAGGCCCCCGAAUGAUGCCAAGCACGUACGUUACCCACCGGCAGGAGCGUCCGGGUGCCCGGGAAGGUUCGCGAGUGCGGAGUCCGCCUGCCCCGGGCGCGGCUUUCUUCGGAACCUAAAGACUCCGCUUCCCCGUGGGAAGAGGCUCCGGGGGCUGAAGUUAAAGGCACUAAUGAAACUCAAGCCGCGGAAAGGAAACCCUCCCGGAGCGCUGGGGGCUGCUAACCCUUCCCUGGCAAAUUUUCUGUUGCACAAAUCUCGACUCAGUUUAAAAGGAGAAUUAGUUAGUAUUUCAUUGAUAAAAUCAUCAAAAUUCUUUUAAUUUACCUUUUUCUGAGACCAAAAGGUGACUUAAAAUUCUUAAAUAUUCACAUUGACAAGCCAGCUGGCUCUAGCGUACAACUUACAUGUUAACAAAAAUGCAUAUCAUGUACCAGGUGAAUCAUCACAUUCGAACAGGAAAAGUCCUAAAGACAUGAAGUCCAAGAGGUAUCCAGACUACAGCAUUAAUAUGCAGGAUUCAUAAUCGUAGGAAGGGGAAAAGUCCUCAAGAAAUGUAUUUCUCACCACGCUCUUCAGUUGUAAAUCUUCUCUACUCUAAUGACCAAUUUGCAACUCAGGCUAUGGGAAGAGCUAAGUGAUCACUUCUUGUUUAAAAAGUUGGGCAACUCCCCCCCACAGUGAUUCUGAAAAAUAAUCCUGUAACACAAAACACCUGACUUUUAGAAUGGUUUAAAAAAUAAAACGUCACAUGGACACAAAAUUGGCUAUGCCUGUUGGUGGUUUUGAAGGCAUAAUUUGAAGGCAGCCAAUCUGAUUUAUUUUUCAUAAAUUGUAAUGUAAAGAGAUGAAACACUACUGGGUGAAAAUAUUGGACUGAAUUAUGCUUGACAAACUCCCAUUGAGGGUAAUGAUCAUGGCAGGUUUUUAAGGGAAGCCAAAUCAUGUGCAAGGCCAAAGCAAUUAGGUUUUGUUUGGUAUGUUUUUUUACAAUCAAGUUAUAAACCCCACAUGGUAUAUGGAGGCUUGCAAGUGGACAUCUUAACACAGGUAUAGCAGCGUAAGCAUGCCACAAACAUACAAUCUCAUAAAAUAAAAUUAAUAUCAAAUAUAAAGCAUUUGAACCAAAUCAAGCCUUAAACAUAAUAAAUUAUUUCCUUCAAAGGAAAUAAUUACCUUACCUAGGCUCAAUAAGGUCUUUGCUAGCAGCAUUUUUUUUUAAUAAACAAAUUAAAAAUGCCAAAAUAUCUACAAUUUUAUGAGAAGGAGGAGUUGAAUAAUUAAGGAGAAACUUCUCACUAUUAGGGGGUAUGAAAAAUAUACUAGCAAUUAAUAUGCAAUACAUAUAUGUAUACCCAUACUUACAGAUAUAAACACGCACAUACAACCUGGACAGUUCAUGUUAACCAAGGGAAAGGCUAAAUAAUACAAAGUGAUUACUAAAUACAAGUACACUUUAAAAACACAGAGACAGCGAAUUUUUUAUCUGUUGCAAAAAUGUAUUUGAUUACUCGAGUAAAAUUACAGUAUCUCUGCUGUUAGUAAGUAUUAAAUGUUAAAGAAACUGGACCUCUUUUCCUUUCAACUUUCCGAGAAAGUGCAUGUAACAGUCCAAGGUUCCCCCUGUCCCCCCCCAAUGCCUAAUACAAAAUAAACAAACACUAUACUUGUUCCCUUGGUCAAGGAGUAGGACUUGGUCUUGUAAGGAACGUAUGUACAUUUUAAUGAAAGUGAUGUCUU